AUGAAAUUAAGAAAUCCUGGAACAGUUGCUAACAUCAAAUGGACCGCUGACAAUAAGUUUAAAUAUGCUUUUUUCGCGUAUGGAGCAUCAAUUGAGGGUUGGAAACAUUGCAGAGCAGUAAUGAUGGUGGAUGCAACCUUCUUGAAAUCAAAAUACCGCGGUGUGCUCAUGAUAGCAGUAGCAAAAGAUGGAAACAACAGCAUAUUUCCUCUCGCAUUUGGUAUUGCUGACUAUGAGAAUAAUGAAUCCUACAGGUGGUUCUUCAAACACGUGAAAAAGGUGUUUGGCACGCGCAAAGACCUAUCAAUUCUUUCCGAUCGCCACUCGUCAAUUGCAACUGCAAUCAAAGAGCUGUAUCCAGAUACCCAGCAUGGAAUAUGCAUCUACCACAUGGAGAAGAACUUGCAGAAAUAUUUCCCAUCCGAAGCGAUCCUAUCACUGUUCUACAAUGCAGCAACUACCUACAAACAGGCAGAGUUUCGUACCUAUAUGUCACAGAUACAACAAAUCGACCCAAAAGCUGCAGAAUACAUAGAAGAAGAACCACCGGAAAGAUGGGCACGUUUAUUCCACACCAACAGGCGUUACAACAUGCUCACAACAAACAAUGUCGAGACAAUGAAUUCUGUAUUGAGGAAAGCAAGGGAGUUGCCAAUAAUGACAUAUAUUGAUUACAUCUAG